AUGCGUGUCGCCGGUCUGAUUACUCUUCUGGCAGCAGCCAUGCCCGCUGUCGCUACACGGGGAACCUUUGGUCUUGCUCUCGGAAACGAAAAUCCCGACGCAAGCUGCAAGUCCACUGAGGACUACAAGAAGGACUUCGAUGCGCUGAAGGAUUUGACAACAUUGGUCCGUACCUACUCGGCAAGCAACUGCAACACAGCAAAGAACAUCGUUCCAGCUGCCAAGGCCAAGAACUUCAAGGUCGUGCUCGGUGUCUGGCCCGACACCGAGGAGUCUUUCAACCAGGACUUUGAUGCUCUGAAGAAGUCAGUUAAAGGCAACGAGGACGUCAUUCACGCGAUCACUGUUGGCUCCGAAGCCCUCUACCGUGGGGACAUGAAAGCCCAGGAUCUCCUGAAGCGUAUCAACCAGGUUAAGAAGGAAUUCGAUGGCAUCCAAGUCGGCAUGGUGGACAGCUGGAACAAGUAUGCCGAUGGUACUGCGGAUCCCAUUAUCCAGGGCGGCGUUACCUACUUCCUGGCCAACGGGUUUGCCUACUGGCAGGAUCAGGAUAUCUCCAACGCCACUGCCACCUACUUCGAUGACAUGGCCCAGGCCAAGGCCCGCAUCGAACAGGUUGCUGGUGACAAUGCUAAUAAAAUCCGAUUUGGUAACGGCGAGUCUGGCUGGCCUACCGAUGGCGGAUCCGACUACGGUAAGGCUAAGGCCAGCACCGAAAACGCUAAGAAGUACUACAAGAAUGCUGUCUGCCCUUUGCUCAACUGGGGCAUUGACGUUUUUUACUUCGAGGCCUUUGACGAAACCUGGAAGCCCGACAGCACUGGCGACAACGGCAAGCCUAUGGACGAGACUCACUGGGGUCUCUUUACUGACAAGCGCACGGCCAAGUUCGACACUUCGUGCCCCAACUAG